AACACUUGUGUUUCUCUUUCACUCUCAUCUGAUCUGAAAUGUCUUUCCAUCACACCAAGAAAGUGCUGCAGCGGCCGCAUCCGAGUUCAGUUUCUGGUUCGACUAGUUGGGAUUUGUGAAAAUCUUGGUGUAAAAAAAUACUUUUUAGGCAUAAUUUGGAAAAACCUUCCAGCUGCAGGCAGCUGCCUUGGCCGUUCCAGAACUAUGUCAUCUCUACUUUCCCACAAGAAAGAUCAGGAACAUCUGAGAAAGUCGCUCUCUGAUUCUUGUCCAGCAUCAUCUGCUGCCAGUUCCAGGAGCUCGAGGCAUGAAAGACUGCUGAGAUUGGGCUCAUCUGGGUCAUCCGGCACCUUCACCGACCCGUCAACAAAUCAUGCCGAGUCCUACUUCCUACAGAGGGAGAACAGACUGUCUGCAAAGAAAAGGGCAGAAGAGGAGAAGUUGAACAGUGACUAUAAAAAGAUGUAUGAGAAGGCAGUAGCCACUAAUCAAAGGCUCAAGUCUCGACUGGAAACAAGUAAACAGGAGCUCUCUGAAAUCCUGGACCAGCUGCAAAGAACUCAGAACGGGAAGCCAGAUGAUGGUUCCUACAUGCUUGAAGCAGAAAAAAAGGGGAGUUGGAGCCUUAAAAAGAAGAUAUCAGAUAUGGAAGAUCAAUUAAAGGUUAAAGCUGAGUUAAAGCUGGAGAACCAGAGACUGAAGGAUGAGAAUGGAGCUUUAAUUCGAGUCAUCACAAAGCUCUCCAAGUGACACAGGAUACCAGAGGAAGAGAGAACAGACGUAAAACAGUCAGCCUGGGAAAUACACUCUGAAAGGACAAAAGUUCAUCACAAAAUUUCAAUAAUUAUUAAUGUGAAAGAUUUAAAAACUGUGUAUUUCAGGCAUUAAUCCUGCUUUAGGUUUAACAUUUUAGUUCUAUAAAGGCAUGUUUUAUCGGAAUAAAUGUAGAUAUUUUCCCACCAUAAAUUUAAAAUGUUAUUUUUUUAUUUGCACACUCACAAAAUAAAUGCAUGAAAGUUUAAGUGAAUAUGUUUCCAUCGCUGUUAGAGGGAUUAAACAUAAAAUAUAUGUUCAUACAGUCAAUAAAAAUGAAUCCUUCUAUUUUAAACAUGAUCAGAAAUGGUUAAACUUCUAUUGUUGGAAUAAACUGAAGAUUUAUUUAAAAAAUAAAUGAGUACAAU